GGGAUGCUGAGCAGGCGGGGUUCUUUCUCGUUGCAGUGUUGUGUUGUUUUGACCGUAGGACGACGGACGACGACCGAGCAGCAAACGCAUAAUUACGGUUAGUUUUUAAGAGUGCAAUCGUCGAAAAUGCGCAUUUUAAACCGGCGAUUGGUUUGCCGUUGAUUUGAAUCGAAACGACAUUGGCCAUCGGACACCGAACAAAUCGUGUUCCCGUUAAAAAAUAUAUAUAUACAUUUUGUAUCGAUUGCGGUGAAAGCACCAUGGCGUGGCCGUGCAUCAGCAGGGCGUGCUGCAUGUCGCGCUUGUGGAACCAGCUGGACAAGGCGGACAUCGCGGUCCCGUUGGUGCUGAGCAAGUACACGGACCCCUCGGAGAUGCAUCCGGUUCCGCUGCAGCCUCCCUCCAAGGCCUGCGUCGCCAUAGAAACGCAGCCUGCGCGAGGACCGCGCCGCGCCGGUGCGCGCGCGCCCAGGAGGUGCGUCUCGGAGGAGCGCGUGUGCAGCUCGGUCAUGCGCGAGGACUUCAAACAUUGGAAGGUUCGACCGGAGCCGAGCUGCAAACCCAAGAACGAGUACCACGGACCGGAAAUCCCCUUCAACAGCGAGACCCAGUACCAGAAAGACUACAAGGCCUGGCCCAUUCCCAAAAGGCACGACCACCCGUGGAUACCAAAACCCGCUGCGGACCAGCGGACGCCGGGCGGAAGACAGGCGGACAUUGGCGUGGAGAAGAGCGUCGUCGCUGACAAAGUCCAGGAGAAGGAACUCCCCCAGGGCCAGGAGAGGAACAAGAGGUCGAGCAGGAAAGCAGAAGGAGAGAAAAAAGUAAAGGUGGAAGGACAAGGCAGGGCGGUGGAUGCAGUAAAUAGACAAAUUAAAGAGGACAUCACAUCUGGAAGCUCUUACAAAACGGAAUUUAAGGCAUACAGAGAUGUAAAGCCUGCAAAGAUGAUACGGGCUAAGUCUCAGUACCUGCCUCCUGAUGAGAAAACCAGGCUGGAGACCAGCUAUAGUGCGACGUUCAAGGGACAAGCCCCGGUGCUGCCCACUGACAACAAGGCCCUGGAAAGGAGGAAGAUACGCAGUUUGUACAGCGAGCCAUACUUUGACUACACCAAGCAGGUGGACAGGUAUAGUGCCCCUCGCUCUAAAGCCAAAAAGCCUGCGGCAGCCGGCCAGGUCAGGCCAGUGAGGAAAGCCAAAGAUAAGCAGAGCACCGCGCCGAGAGGCUCCAAGGCGACGACUUUGGAGAACCAGACCGUGAACCGUCCUGCGGUGGGCGACAAGGAGAAAAGUAAAGAGAUGAACAACAAACUGGCUGAGGCAAAAGAGGUUGUGCUAAAACAACACCACUACGUACAACUCUGCCAGCCAAUCCGUGAUAUUGGUUGGGUGCAGACCCUAAAGCAACACCUGUGGGGCUGCGCGCUGCCUGAUCCCAGAGAUGCUAAGGAAGAGCUUGUCCGACCUGGUCAUCACCAUCCCCAGGGUGCUGCUGGAGGAGAACCACAACCAUUGCUGGACAGAACCAAACCUCGGAGAAGCAGCGGAGUCGUACGAUUUGCCCUCGAUUUGAACCAGACUGAGUAGAACUAUCAACGCCACAGCAACUUAAAAGUAUUUUGACAAAUGCAUGAAACGGUUUUUGGUUGCUGUUUGACUCUUGGCAUUAUGGAAGGUGCUACAUUAUUUUUCUUCUUUCAUGCACUGCAUUUUAAAGCUGGACCCAAAAAAAAAAAAAAAAAUCAACAACCAUGAAGUGCUAAUAAAACAUCAAAAGCAACCUGUAUACAGUUUAAGUGUAAAUAAAAGGCAUCAAUUGAAGUAGUGCAUUUU